CUCGGCACACUCGUUAGUGCUGGAGGAGUGACAGGAGGUGGAACUUGGGCAGCUCUCAGUCGUUGUUUCGGGCGGAGGAUCCAGCGGUAGUUUCCGAGCCGCCGGCCAGCCGGGAAGACCGGGAAAGGUCUUGGGCUGUUGCGUUACUGCUUUCCACCUCCACCUCAGUUUCCCUCGUCGCCUCCGCUGUUGUGCGGCCGCGGGGACUUGGUGGAAGCUCGGCCCGAGAUGAUGCUCUUCACUCGGAAGAAGAAACAGAGCGAAGAGGCGCGGAAACGACUGGAAUAUCAGAUAUGCCUGGCCCGAGAGGCAGGUGCAGAUGACAUCCUGGACAUCUCAAAGUGCGAGCUGUUUGAGAUUCCGGUCAGUGUGUUCUCCAUGUGCAGAGUCCUACAGAAGAAGGUUUUAAUUGUUCACACCAAUCACUUGUCAACACUGCUGCCAAAGUCAUGUAACAUCCAGGAUCUGUCGAUGCUGAAGAUUCUGGAUCUCCAUGACAACCAUCUCAGCUCGCUCCCGGAGGAUAUGGAUCAGCUCUUAUCCCUUCAGGUGCUCAACGUGGAACAAAAUCUUUUGAAAUCUCUCCCGAGCUCUCUUGCAACCUUGGCACAACUUCAAACAUUAAAUCUAAAAGGGAACCGGAUCCGGAAAGUGCCGGAAUCCCUGAGCGGACUGAGGAGCCUACGGACAUUGGACAUCAGUCAAAAUCGGAUUCAGAUUCUCCCACAAGACCUGGCUCAUAUCAGGACACUCGAGUCGUUCAGCCUGGAUGCAGAAGCUAUGACCUAUCCUCCAGCCAGCGUGUGCAGCAAUGGGACGGAAGCCAUCAAACAAUUUCUGUGCAAAGAGCUUGGAAUCAAGUAUAUGCCUCCCUCUCAGUACCUGCUCCCGGUGCUGAAGAGUGACGGGAAUAUAACCGAGAGCAAUGGAGUCGAUGGCAUGUUCCAACAACAGAUGCAGGAGGCCGAGCAGUGGCAGAGCAAAUUCAUGGAUUACGAAAAGAGGAAGGAACAGAAGCAGCAGGCAAAGCUGGAUUUUGAGCGGCGGCUGAAUGAGGAACAGCGGGAGCGGACACAGCUCAUCCUGAGGAACAACAGUCACAAGGAGCAAGUCCUGAUGUCAGUGAAGCAGGAGCAGGGAAGGCUGGAUCAGGGUCUCCGAGACCAGCAGCGCCAUCUGGAGGUGGAGCGCCAGCGACUGCAGGAGGAGUUAAAACGGGGAGAACACGGAGCGACGAACCUCAUCCGCACUUUGCUGGAGGACAGUGAGAGAAGGAAGCAAAACUCGAUGUUGCUGGAAUCACUGGAAAAAGAGAGGCUGAGGAUGGACCAGCUGAUGGCCAUUUCACAGGAGGAGAAGGAGAGGCUGCGAAAGAGAGAAGUGGCAGCUGCGAUGCAGGAAAUGCUGUCGGAGAGCUCGAUGAACAAGAUCCUGCAGAUGGUUUAUGAGACGAGGCGGCGUCAGCUGGUGGACGAGGCCAGUUCGAGCAUGGCUGAAAUGGAUGGUAAACUCCAGCAGAUUCAUGCCUGGCAGCAGCUGGACCAAAACAAGACCAUUUCACAGAUCCUCUCGGAGGCGGAGAUGCAGAAGGUGGCAUUUGAGGCACUUCAAAUGAAGAAGGACAGCAAGCACAGCCGCAUCAGAGACCAGAUCAAAUUGAUUGAGAAUCAGUUAAUGCAGCUGACACAGUUCGAGUUAGACAGAAGAGAGAAUGACACGGAGAAUCUACAGGAAACUCUGUUGGAAGAGCGGCAGGCCCUGAGUGACCUCCUCCAGCAGCUACUGAAGGAGAAGAAACAACGGGAGACGGAGCUUCGGGACUUGCUGGCGGAAAUGGAGACCAAACAUGAGACCAGCCAGGAGAACUACUGGUUGAUUCAGUACCAGCGUCUGAUGGACCAGAAACCCCUGUCCCUCCGAGCACGGGAGGAGGGCGUGGAGAAGGCGCUGGUGGAGAUAUUGGCUGAGCUUUCUGCAGAUCAGUACCUGCCCCUUUUCGCCCACCAUCGGGUCACCCUGAAGAUGCUACGUUACAUGACUGCAGAGGAUCUCCAACAGAUUGGGGUCCGAGAGAGCAGACUGCAACGUGCCAUUCUGCGGCGAGUCCAGGAGAUGUGGCCUGGGGAAGAGCAGAGACCCAUCCCAACAAAGGAAGCUGCUGCAGAUCUGGGUGAGAACCGGCCCAGUGCUCCCCCGGAGGAUGAAGCAGCACCGUCCAGUCCAUCUGCAGUCUCUGAGGAGGUCCUGGCUCAGUCGGAAUGUGUUGUCUGCCUGGAGCGAGAGAGUCAGAUGAUCUUCCUGCCGUGUGGUCACGUUUGCUGCUGUCAGACAUGUGGAGCAAGUCUGUAUACCUGCCCCCUCUGCCGGAAGGACAUCGAGCAGAAGAUUCGCAUGUAUCGUACCUCCUGAGCUGCAGCCUGUCCCUCUCCAACAUCUGCCUGCAACCUUGUCUGUUUCAUCUCACAGCCUGCUGGUGCCUUAUGUGUCCUCUUUCUCCGGCCGUGCUGCCCUACACAAAUAAACAAGGCUACGUUUACUCCUGGUAAGACCAUGUGGAGCAGGUUGAAGUGGUCUUCGUGGACAAUUCCUUUUCUCCUGGUUGAGCCUGGAUGCUGUUGGCAGUGAUGUUAGUUGGUGUGUGUUAUCCUGCUGAGAUGUAGCAUGAUGUAGUAACUGGAUUCAUCCCAACUCCUUGAGGAGGUAACAAGCAGAAAACUGGGACAGAACAAUUAAGACUUUUGUUUUCUUGCUGCUGUAUGUUUGUGUCCUUUGUUCGUGGAAAUGUAUUGGAAUCCCACUGAGAACUGGUGCAAUAAACUGCAGAGAACCCAUGUUAGUGUGCAGUCAGCUCAAGCUGUGUCCUUUGUGCCCAUCACGUCACUCACCCAACCCCUCUGGGACACCCUUUCCAAAUGACUCAGUUGCUCAGUGAUCUGCUGAUCAGACAUGAAAGCAGGAUCUUUUGAAUCAUAGAAUGGUUACAGGAUUGAAAGGAGCCAUUCGGCCCAUUGGUGUCCAUGCUAGUCCAGCAAUACCAAUUUGCCAGCCUCCAACCUUCUCUCUUGCCGUAUUCUCAUAGUCCUGCCAAUUCUUUCUUCUCAGAUCACUAUACAAUUUUCUUCUGAAUGCAACAACUCAAUCUGCCUCCACCACACAUUUUAGGCAGUGCAUUCCCAAUCCUAACUGCUCACUGCAAUAUAAAUUUCUUCCGUGUGUUGCUUUUGGUUCUUUUGCCAAUUGCCUGAAACCUUUCUCCUCUGGUUUUCAAAUGUCCCACAAAUGAGGACAGUUUCUCUCUAUCUACCCUGUCCAGGCCCCUCGUAAUUUUGAACACCUUAAUCGAACCUCCUCUCAGCCUUCUCUCAGAACACCAUCUAGAUUCACCAAUUUAUCCACAUCACUGACAUCCCUUGUCUUUUGAACCAUUCUUGUAAACCAUUCUACACCUUUUGUAGUGAUUUCACACCUUCCCUGAACUGUGGUUCCUAGAAUUGGAUACAACUUCAGUUGAGGUUGAACCAGUGUCUUAUAAAGGCUCACCGUAACUUCUUACUGUUGUACUGCUUACUUCAAUUUUUAAAGCCCAAAUUCUAUAUGCCUUAUUUAUGGGUUUCUCAAUUUGCUGUACCAUCUUCAACUAUUUGUACACUUCCGUCCCUUUGCUCCUGCAGCUCCUUACUAUCAGAUCCUUUUUUUUAAAAUGGUGCCUAUCCUCAUUCUUCCUUCCAAAUGUAUCACUUUAUAUUUCUCUGCCUUAAGUUUGAUCUGCGUCAUGUCCAGCCGUUCAUCAGCCUGUGGAUUUGAAGUCUAUCACUAACCACCUUACAAUUCACAAUAUUUCCAAGUUUUGUGUUAUCUGCAAGCUUUGAAAUGUGCCUUAUACGAUCAAGCCCCAAUCAUUAAUAGACCUCAAAAAUGGUCCCGAUAGUUCCUCUGAGGUACCCCACUCUAUACUUUCCUCUAGUCCAGAAAAAUAACCAUUCACCAUUACUGUUUGCUAGCUCUUAGCUAAUUCUGUAUCCAUGUCACUACUGUCUGUUUUAUUCCAUGGACUUAUUUUUCUGAUGAGUACUUUAUCAAAUGCCUUUUUGGAAGUCCAUUUACACCAUAUAUAUUACCCUCUGUGUUACCACAACAAAACCUAGAUUAGUCAAACACUAUUUAGCCCUUCAGAAAUCUGUGUUAGCUUUUCUUAAUUAGUCAACAUUUGUCCGCAUGGCUGCUAAUUUUGUCCCAAAUUAUCAUUUCUAAAAACCUUCCCAUCACCAAUGACUGGCUGGUUGUUGAUGUACUUAUUCUUGGAUUUUUGUCUUUGUGUAAUGUUAGGAAGCUGCAGUGAGGUUUGUGUUAAAUGGUUUAACAUGUUCCAAUUUUAUGUGAAAACAGUCAAACAAUUGUUUAUUUUUAUAAAAGAGUAAUUUAACCCAAUUAGAGGUUUUAUUGUGCAAUAUAUUGAAUUGUAGCCUUACUGUUCUGUUCAUAAUAUAAUUACUGCUCUCUUUGUAUUAUAUGUUGUUGUAUUGAUGGCAAAUGUAAACAUGUAUUCUUGUCAAUUGUAACACUUGCUCUGAAAUUUUCUUAAAAUUGAUAUCUUCUUUCUGGUUUUUCUCUCCUGCCCCUUUGUGGUUGUGCAUCACCCACCCAGGGAACUUUUCCGUAAGACAGUCUCUUUUUUUCCCAGAGUAACCUACUGAUUAAAUGGUAUUACUGCUACUUCUCCCCGAUGAAAAAUUGCGAGAACAUAAGCUCCUAAAGGAGGUUAACCCCAUUGAAAGGUUAGUAAGAACUGCCGAUGCUGGAGUCAGGAAUAACACAGUGUGGAGCUGGAGGAACACAGGAGGCGAGGCAGCAUCAGAGGAGCAGGAAAGUUGACGUUUUGGGUCGGGGCCCUUCUUCAGAUUUCUGAAGCUGACUUAACCCCAUUGAAAGCUAUUUUCCCCCCAAACCACAGUUAACUCACUCCAAUGACACACAGUUCUGGUAAUAACUAUGCUACAUAUCCAGUUUGUAGCAUAGAAUAAUGUUGGUCUUAUUACUCAUGGGUCAUUUGUCUUUCCAUUUCGCCCACUCCAAUCCUAAGUUCAGCAGAACUUGAUUUACUUGUGUCAGUAGGGUUUCAACAAAGUUACUGAGUGGGAGAUGUCUCAAGGAAGUAGUCCCAUUACGAAAGCUCCGUCCUACAAAGACUCAUUCCCUUAACAUAUUCAUCCUUUUCUUACCUUCCUUUGAGGUUGCUGGAUUUAAAGACUUUUAGAACCCGAGGUUGGUAUCACUGAACCACUGCUUAAUUUUCUUUUGCACUAUCGGUGGUUUCCUAUAUUAAUAGUUCUCCCAAGAGAUAGUCAGAAACUGCAUGUUGAACACAAUACUAGAAUGUAAAGCAUGGUUUCAGAUUUUCUUUUUAUUUAUUGAAUUGUCCCUUCAAGAUGUGUGCACUGGCUUAGGUGCUGUUAAUAAAGGUCUUGCUGUAAACUAUGAAUUUCAAUGCUCAAUUAUAUGCACAUUAAAAAUAAUGAUCGUUAUGGAAAGUCUUUGUUACAAUAAAGGUCUUAAGUGAAGCAUA